CUGUAUGAGCAUGUUGACUGUUGAAAUAACUGAAGAAAAUGAGCUAAGACAAGCUGUGCAAUGUAGGUGUUAGUGCACUGGCUUCCCGUUUUCAUUGACAUUUUCUUAUAGGACACAAUAAGUCGUGUGGUUUUCAUCUUUAGAUUAAAUAAAUAUACAGGUCGGUGAAAGACAUUUCUAGAGCAACACGUCACGUCACGUCGUGUGGGUGUGGCGUGGAUCUGAAUAUAAGAAGGAAAGGCAGCAUGUCAGUCAGGCACCUCGGCUCCACAACGAGGUGACAGCACACUGCAUUUCAACUGCAGCAAGAAAACAAAGGAGCAGUGAAACCUGGAUAAGAGACGCAGUCACUUCUUCAUCAUUCAGCCUGCGUCUGUCCUGUGGUGCGUUCAGGGUCGUUUGGGCAUCUUUAGCGCGUCUGCUAACUGUAGCUAACAAGCUCCUUCUUCAACGUCCAAAUGUUUUUCUUCCUGUGGAACAGGGGAUUUUAACUCUAGGCUUUUCUAGAGCAGAGGCCUGCUGCAUCCUCCUCUAAAACUAGAACGACCUCAGUGCCGGUGGAUAACCCCCUCCGAAGCACACCUAGUGAAUUUGACCUGACGGUGGAUACUACAGCUUCCAUCCAGACAGCAAACCAAAGCAGAGCGUUUCCAUUGCUAUUUUUUUUUUUUUAUUAUUGAAUCCAAAACUUUGACUAUUUUCGUUGAAAGGAUUCGUAAAACAUUUUUCCAAAAAUCUUUAAAAAAUGGGUCCCGGAUUGGAGGCGGCGGACAUAGCUGUGGUAGCACUUUAUUUUGUCCUGGUGCUGGUCAUCGGGUUUCUUGCCAUGUGGAAAGCCAAUCGCAGCACUGUGAGCGGCUACUUCCUGGCCGGACGCUCAAUGACAUGGAUAGUGAUUGGUGCAUCGCUCUUUGUCAGCAACAUUGGCAGUGAACAUUUCAUAGGCCUGGCCGGGUCGGGAGCUGCGAGCGGCUUCGCUGUUGGAGCAUGGGAAUUUAAUGCGCUUCUUCUUCUGCAGCUGCUGGGCUGGCUGUUUAUCCCGGUGUAUAUCCACUCAGGAGUGUACACCAUGCCUGAGUACCUGUCCAAACGCUACGGUGGCCACAGGCUGAAAUUGUAUUUUGCUAUUUUGUCUGUGUUCCUCUACAUUUUUACCAAGCUCUCAGUGGACUUGUAUGCUGGAGCUCUCUUUAUUCAGGAGUCCCUUGGGUGGAACCUCUAUCUAUCAAUCUUCCUGCUCAUCAGCAUGACUGCCGUGCUCACCAUCACCGGGGGAUUGGUCGCAGUGCUCUACACAGAUGCACUUCAGGCAGUGUUGAUGAUCGGCGGAGCCCUGACUUUAACCAUCAUCAGCCUCAACAAAGUCGGUGGACUGGAAGGCGUCAGGAUUAAGUACAUGCAAGCAGUCCCCAACGUCUCUGCGAUAGUGGCCUCUGGAAAUUUCACCUAUUCUCCUUCCUGCCGCAUUGAACCCAAACCAAACUCGCUGCGCAUCCUUCGUGGUCCUCUCGACGAAGACAUCCCAUGGCCGGGCUUCAUUCUCGGCCAGACCCCUGCAUCUAUUUGGUACUGGUGUGCAGACCAGGUUAUUGUGCAGAGAGUCCUCGCCGCAAAGAACAUCGCCCACGCCAAGGGCUCCACCCUCAUGGCUGGGAUGCUAAAGGUCCUGCCGAUGUUUCUAAUAGUCAUUCCGGGGAUGAUCUCUCGCAUUUUGUUUGCAGACGAGAUCGCGUGCAUCGGGCCGGAGCAUUGCAUGGCUGUCUGCGGUUCUCAGGCUGGCUGCUCCAACAUCGCCUACCCACGCCUGGUCAUGGCGGUGAUGCCAGUGGGACUCAGAGGUCUGAUGAUGGCGGUCAUGAUUGCUGCCCUGAUGAGUGAUCUUGACUCGAUUUUUAACAGUGCAAGCACCGUUUUUACACUGGACAUCUACCAGACUUUCCGAAAGAAAGCAUCUCAACAGGAACUGCUUCUUGUAGGCCGCAUGUUUGUUAUUGUCAUGGUGGCAAUUAGCAUCGCCUGGGUCCCUGUUAUUAUUGACAUGCAAGGCGGACAGACGUAUCUCUACAUCCAGGAAGUUGCUGGCUACCUUACUCCACCAGUUGCAGCCCUCUUCCUGCUCGGUGUCUUCUGGAAACGGUGCAAUGAGACAGGUGCAUUUUGGGGAGGCAUGACUGGUUUCACACUUGGCGCCAUAAGACUGGUCCUGGCUUUUGUCUACCGCCAGCCCCGCUGCGACCAGGCAGACGAUAGGCCCGCCUUAAUCACUAAAGUUCACUACAUGUAUUUUGCUGCUGGGCUCUUCUGGAUUUCGGGACUGGUGGCUGUGGUGGUUAGCCUCUUCACCUCUCCACCAGAUGAGCAGCAGAUUAAAACCACCACACUCUGGGGGCUCCGCAACAUUGAAAAAAUCCCCGCUAAGGAACGUGAUGAAACAUACAGGCUGACUGAGAGUAGCCUCAGUAACGGCAAUGGAAGUCUGCGCAAGGAAAUUCCUGCAGAUGUCAGAAAGGAAAGGUGUUUUGAUGGGGCAGAUGUCAAGCUCCUGGUGCCAUCCACUGACCAUGACCCAGCCACCCCGAGUACAGAAACCUCCCCUGCCACCUCCCCUGCAGAAGGCUUUGGUAAUGGAAGAACGGAGAUGGCCAGAGCAGAAGAAGGAGGCAAUACUAAUGGGGAGAGAAGCAGGUGUUUGCAAUUACUGGAAUGGUUUUGUGGUUAUAGAGAAGCAGCAGAGAGUGUUCCACAGAAAACAGUGCAGGAGGACAGUAGAGUCAUUGCAGAGUUGCUGUAUGAAUCACCCAAAGUUAAAGCUCUUCUUAACUGUGGUCUGGUCAUCGUCUGCUCUUUGGGGAUCUUCAUGUUCGUUUAUUUUUCACUUUAGUGGAACCCUGCACUAAAAACUUACAGGGAACUGAUGUGAGGGUCCUGCUGGGGAUUGGGGCUGUUUCAAAAAGUGGAAUUUCUGAGAUUUGGAAAGCUCUGUCUGUAAUAUUUACAGUUGUAUUUUUUUUAGCUCUCUAACAGGGGGAUCUAAGCUAAUUCUGUUUUUGUUUUUUAAAUGAUGAAAUCCUCUUCACAUGAAAAAAGUUGUACUCCUUUAUGACUAUGAAGCUUAAUUGGCACGGGGGGGGGGGGGGUUCCAUUUUGUACAGCGCUUGUUAAUCCUGUUCAAAAUAUCUACUGGACAUUUUUAGACUUGUACUCAAAAGUGAAUUUCAAUAUUUGCCUUACUUAACUAUGAUAUGCACUAUUCUUCUUUGUUUUGUGAAAGAAAAAAACAGACGUGUUCUGUGAUUUAAGCGUUUCAUCCACUGUGUCUCUCGUAACUCAAAAAAACUGUUUUAGUUGAUAGGUCACUACAAGUUCCUGCCGUCUAACAGGAUAUUACUGUGCAUUAUAUCAGCAAAAUUUCAUGUAGGCCUAUGUGAUUUCAAUAUAAUUUUGCUUGUGCUCUAGACAGUCUUUUUAAGAUUGUUAGUGAAUUACCAAAUAAAUAUCACAUAUUUGUUGUUAGAAAGAUGUAUUAUUGGGAUUAUUUUUAUACAUUUGGUGACAUUAUGACAAAUAUUAAGUGCUUAGCAGCUUCUCUUCUGCUGUUAUGUAAGGCAGUUAUUCUUGUCAUAAUGACUGGGUUUAAUGUGCCUACUUAAGGUAUCACAUCAGAACUCAGCUCGUCAAGUUUAAAGUUGAUCUCUGGUGUUUCAAAUAUGACAGUUUUCUGCAGCACAGGAAAUAAAGAGGCACUGAAUAACACCUUUUGUACAUUUUAAAGAUAAUGUUCGCUCUUAAGAGAGCUAUUAUAAUAUAGUAUAAAACUUGUAUAACUUUAUUCAAUGUGGCUUCUGUCCAAUAUGUUUCCACUGAUGACCAGAUUGAAGUUACAACUGGAGUUUUAUUGUUAUUUUUUACAGUGUUUUACACAUUGUGUUUGAGACUACUGUGUUCUUGUUUAAAAUUAUAUUUCCGUGGCUGUUACUUUUCCAAUCCAUCAUACAGCCUCUUGAUCAACUCUUGGACCAUGAGAGAGAAAAUAACAAAGACCAAUCUUGAUGAUUCUGUGUGGGUUUCUGUAUUUCUGACUUUGUGUUUAAUCAUGUUUAAAAGUGUGUUGAAGUUGUGCUGUUUGUAUCACUCUGAUAUAUUUUGUGUAUCCA